AUGAGACUGCAAAACCUUCUUUAUUUGGCAUAUGCCUUUACCGUGGCUGCGACUUCCAUUCCGGUGCUUGAGACUCGAAAGACCAAAUCACCUUCCAAGCCCAAGCCAUGCGCCGGCAACAGUGCUCAUAAGAGAACCAAGUGGUGUGACUACGACAUCAACACCGACUAUACAAAGAUUGUGCCACACACGGGUGUCACCCGCGAAUACUGGCUCUCGAUCGACGAGAUUACAGUUGCCCCAGAUGGCAUCUCACGCUUUGCAAUGGCAAUCAACGGGACUAUCCCGGGACCUACCAUCUAUGCAAACUGGGGCGACGAAGUCGUCAUCCAUGUGACCAAUCACCUUAAUGAAUCGAAAAAUGGAACAAGCAUUCACUGGCAUGGAAUUCGUCAGAACUACACCAACCAAAACGAUGGUGUUGUUUCAAUUACUCAAUGUCCCACUGCGCCAGGAUCAACAAUCACAUACAAGUGGCGUGCUGCCCAGUAUGGAUCCUCCUGGUACCACUCUCACAUUGGCCUUCAGGCCUGGAUGGGUGUUUUUGGAGGUGUCAUCAUCAAUGGCCCUGCCAGUCAGAACUACGAUGUUGACAAGGGUAUGCUAUUUUUGAAUGAUUGGUCUCAUCAGACUGCCGACGAGCUGUACACACAUGCUCAAACCGUGGGACCACCCACGCUGGACACGGGUCUGAUCAACGGAACAAACAUGUACAAUACUUCUGGAAAAUAUUUCACAAUGCGUGCCAACAAGGGCGAGUCUUAUCGUCUUCGGAUCGUCAAUGCUGCUAUUGAUACGCACUGGAAGUUCAUGAUUGACAAUCACAAGCUCACGGUCAUUGGCAUGGACCUUGUUCCGGUCAAGCCGUAUACGACGGAUUAUAUCAACAUCGGAAUGGGUCAACGAUACGAUAUAAUCGUCACCGCAAACCAGCCAAAGGCAAGAAACCACUGGAUCCGCGCCAUUCCCCAAACAGACUGCUCAGAAAACCACAACGUCGACAACAUCAGGGGUAUCCUGCAUUAUCACGGCAAGGUCGGCACGCCCUUGACAAACCCAUGGAACUUCACCGAUAUUUGUGUCGACGAAGACUUAAGCAAGCUCGUCCCCGUCGUUCCCAAAUCUGUCUCAGCCGCAGAUUGGCAAGACAUGACGGACGUCACGGUCGCCAAGAACACGAAAAAUCUUUUCCGGUGGUAUCUGAAUAGCACGACGAUGGAGGUUCUGUGGGAGGAUCCCACUUUGUUACAGAUUUAUGAUAAUCAGACUGAGUGGCCCAACUCCAGUGGUGUUAUUGAACUGCCAAAUGCCAAUGAGUGGGUCUACUUGUUGAUCAAUACUUCGAUGCCGGUGGCUCAUCCGAUCCAUUUGCAUGGUCAUGAUUUCUUCAUUCUCGCGCAGGGAGAAGGCGCUUGGGAUGGUACGACCAUCACAUCAAACCCGCCUCGUCGGGAUACAGCCUUGCUUCAAAGUUCCGGCCAUCUGCUCAUUGCUUUUGAGACGGAUAACCCUGGGGCGUGGUUGAUGCACUGCCAUAUCGGAUGGCAUACGUCUGAAGGAUUUGCAUUGCAGUUUAUCGAGCGAUAUGAGGAGGCUCGACAGCUCAUUGAUUUGAAGUACGUGAAUGAUAAUUGUGCGUCGUGGAUAACAUAUGACGAGGGGAACGGUAUUGAGCAAGAGGAUUCAGGGGUUUGA